GAUUGUAUGGUUUGGGUGUUAUAGAAGGGGGGAGUCAAAUUUGAUUGGACGUUAUUCAGCCUUUAAAACAUAUGGAACUGAAGACAGUGUCCUGAGAGACACAUCGUCAAAGCUGUAGCUUCGUGUGACGCCAUGACUUCCAGAGUGUGCCCCCUCCUGCUGCUGCUAGUAUGCAGCCUUGCUGUGGCCAAAGCUCAACUGAAAGUGUUCAAUCUGAGGGCCACUGAUCUUCCCGCAGACAUCUUUGGAGUCACAGACGGCUACGUGAAGGUGUCCUGCAUGGCUGCAGUUCUUGGUCAAACAGAGGUUCGCAAAAAUAGUGCAAACCCAUGGUGGGAAGAGGAGUUCUUCUACUACGAGGCUCAGGAGAAUGACAUCCUGAGGCUUGAACUACAUGAUGAAGAUUUCAUCUUUGACGACCUGUUGGGAGUCUGUCAGAUAAACAUCAAACCAGGAACCCAUGAGCAUGACUGCUACCUGGAUAAAGGCGUUCUCUAUUACUCCUACACUUUUACUCCACAACAGUAAACAAGCCAUAGUAAACCAUGCACAAAAUACUCAAGAA